UUUGCAAUUUUUAUAAAGCAUUGAAAUAGUUUUCACCGGAAAAAUGGCCGACUACGAAGAAUUUCUGACCGGCUGUUUUCCUUCAAUCGACUCAGAAAUAGUCAGUUAUGUUGGAGGGAUGCUGGAGGAUACAGAUGUUGUGGCUACAUCAGAUGGUGUGUUCGAAUCUAUUGGACCUUUCCUGGAACAAGUGGAUGAUUCGAAAUCAGAGGACGAUAUCCGCCUUAUUUGUAACAGACUUCAUGCGCUUGUUUGUAAAAAUUCUGACGGAAUUGAAGAACAGUCAGACACUCCACACAGAAUAUUGGACGCACCUGUACAUCUUGGUUCCCUCGUGAAUGACAACCGUGUCGAUUCAAGUCACCAGUCCAGUAUCUGGAUCCACAGGAAAGAUGCAGGACCACAAGUUGAUUCGAAGCAGUUAGCCAAAGCCGAAGCACAACUUGUGAAGAAACAGAAGAAGCAGGCUGACAAGGACUCCACAGCAAAGAAACCUAAUGGAAUGAUGGACGGUCCGACCGCUAGUCAACAAACCAGUAGGAGAGAUGAGAAGUUUGACAAGUCGGGAGCAAACAAGUCAUAUGAUAUCAAGAUUGAAGAUUUUGAUAUUGCAUUUGGAGACAGAGUGCUGAUAACAGGUGCGUCACUUCACAUGUCUGCUGGUCGAAGAUAUGGUUUGUGUGGGAGAAAUGGGCUCGGUAAAACCACGCUACUCAAGAUGAUCUCAUCUGGAAACCUACAGAUACCUUCCCACAUCUCAGUGCUUCAUGUGGAACAGGAAGUGGUGGGGGACGACACGGUCUCCAUUGAAAGCGUACUGGAGAGUGACACAGAGAGACACCGGCUACUCACUAGAGAGAAGGAGCUUGCUCAGAGAAUGAAUCUAAGUCCAAAUGCCAAGGGGGACAACACAUUAUCAGCAGAGCUGUCUGAGAUUUACGCUGGGUUGGAAGCUAUAGAGGCAGACAAGGCCCCUGCCAAGGCUGCAGUUAUCCUGGCUGGUCUAGGAUUCACUCCUGCCAUGCAGAGGGCUUGUACUAGGUCCUUGUCAGGAGGCUGGAGGAUGAGAUUAGCACUGGCCAGGGCACUCUUCUCAAAGCCAGAUCUGUUACUGCUUGACGAACCUACAAACAUGUUGGACAUGAAAGCAAUUAUUUGGUUAGAGAAUUAUCUGCAGACCUGGCCGACAACUAUACUUGUAGUGUCGCACGAUCGAUCAUUCUUGAACGCAGUGUGCACGGACAUUACACACUUGUAUAACAAAACACUGAUCACUUACAAGGGCAACUAUGACCAGUUUGAUAAGACGAAAGAUGAGAGAAUAAAGAAUGCAAAGAAAGAGUAUGAAGCACAGAAACAGUAUCGGGAACAUAUACAGGUGUUCAUUGAUAGGUUCCGAUAUAACGCCAACAGAGCAUCACAAGUACAGAGUAAACUUAAAAUUCUAGAAAAACUACCACCACUUGAACCACCAGUCAAAGACACUGAAGUCUCCAUGAAGUUCCCAGAAUGUGAAAAACUUACAUCAAACAUUUUACAGCUUGAUGAGCUGUGUUUCUACUACAGCAAAGAGAGACCGAUAUUCGAGAAUGUUGACUGUAAUGCCAACAUGUCCUCCCGGAUAUGUAUAGUAGGAGACAACGGUGCUGGAAAAACUACCCUUCUGAAGAUACUUCUGGGUCAGUUGUCCCCAGUUAAAGGAAUCCGUCAUGCACACAGAAGUCUAAGGAUUGGGUACUUCAGUCAGCAUCACGUUGACCAGCUAGAUAUGGGACUGACAUCUGUGGAAUUAUUGGCACAGAGGUUUCCAGGACAACAUCAAGAACAAUACAGGAACCAGCUUGGUCAGUAUGGGGUGAGUGGGGAGCUGGCCAUGAGACCUGUGUCCAGUCUCUCUGGGGGACAGAAAUCUCGGGUAGCAUUUGCAGUCAUGAGCAUGACCAACCCUAACUUCUUCAUACUUGAUGAACCGACCAAUCACCUGGACAUGGAGACGAUCGACGCCCUGGGAGAGGCUCUGAAAAAGUUUGGGGGCGGAGUGAUACUAGUAUCUCACGACGAGCGAUUGAUUCAGAUGGUCUGCCAGGAAUUAUGGGUGGUGCGAGAUCGGAAGGUUAUAACACUGGACGGGGGAUUCGAACAGUACAAGAAAAUUGUGGAAGAGGAGCUACAAGCUCUACAAGGCCUUUAAUUAUUCAAAAUGGUUAAAACACAACAAACAGACUUUUGACAUAAUGUACAUCAUGUUUAAUAGAAUAUGGCAAAAAUAACAACACCAUGAGCUGUGUUCAUGGCUUAAACAUUAUAAUAAUGAGUUGUAAUAUACAGUGUGCUUAGUGCAUUUUAUGUCUGCCCAAAGGGUAUUGUCAUGUUUUAUUUUGAGAAACAGCUGCAUAGGUACAAGAAACUUACAAAAAUAGCACAAACCCUGGUGUAACAAUACCGGUACUAAGUUUGUGCAUAUAGUGAAGGACGUUGAACACAGUGUUGUCGAAACGGUUUUCUGUGAUUAUGGUAUCAACUGUCAGUUUAUUAACAAUGCCCUUCCUUUAGUUAUAUAAAUUAUUAUUUGUGUUUAAGAUUGUUUUUGUUUGGUUAUACACAUAUCCCAAGUAUCUGGCUUUUCAGAAAGAUUAUGUUUUGUUCCCUUUUGGACGCAUACAUGUUAAAGUAAGGGAAGUUUGAUGGGUGUUCAGUAUUUUAACCAACAUUCACAAUAAUCCCUCAACAAAUAUAUUCAAAGAGCAGUUAAAAGUCUUCAGGGAUUUCUAAAUAAAAAAAUAGAUCAAGUAACAUAAGUAUUUUUGGUUAAGAUUGGUGCAAAAAAUGGGACAGUCUUGUGAUAGGAAUCUAGGUUACCAUCAUGUUAUGAUGAUAUGUCAGAUUGCUGGUUGUUAUGGAAACUUAUCUAUGCUACAUGCAAGUUGGAAGUUCCCUGUUCAGGUACUUUCAGUUUAAAAGGUACACGGGUAGUAAUGUAUAUUGCUACUAGUCAUUAUAUACUUUUAAGUUGUGUUGCUGCAUAUGUAAGCCAAACUUAAAACUUGAAGACAUUUUUUUAAAUAUGUAAUUCAAACUAUUCUUUUCCCUUUUAGACAAUUUUGAAACUUUGUAGUGAAAUUAUGAUAAGAUUAACUUUUCUAAUAUUUGCUUUUAAAAAACUUGGCAUUUUAUAAGGAUUUGUGAACAGGCAUGCAAGUACAUGUGUAUGUAUAUAGUUAGAAACCAUUUUCACAGUGUCAAACUGACUAAGAUCCUCGUGCUUGUGUACCUGUUUAUGCCUCGUUUCAAUCCGGUAUUUUCUGUUUCUGUUUUCAAAUGUCAUAAUAAUAUUGUGCAUAUUAAUUAUGUUCUUGGAGUGCAAUAUCUGGACUUGGUUAAACUGGAGUGAAAGAUAUACUUUCAGUUAACUUGGGCAUUUGGGUUAUCUUAAUAAUGAGGGUGUACAAAAUUUGUAAACAGAUUCUGUUACUUAUUAUCUUAAAGCUGCACUCUCACAAUUUAACAGUUUUGACUUUUUUAUUAAAAUAUUGUCUUACAAUCAGCUCAUUUUGGUAUCAAUGACUUCAAUUCAGUCAUAUAUGAUAACACCCAGGCAGUAGAACAGAUUAAUUGUUUGGGAAACUGCCGAAAAUUUUAUUCCUUUUUCAUUAAUAAAAUAUCAAUUUUCAAACGUAUAUAUGAAAAGUGCUCUUUUGUUAGCUGUCUUAUAUCACUUGUUUCCAGACAUUUAUGUAAAAACUGGCUCAUUCCAAGACAAAUAAAAAAAAAGUUGUCAAAAUCUGUGAGAGUGCAACUUUAAAGCUAGUUUUGCAAAACUGUAACAUUGUAAAUACCAAAAAUAAGAUAAUUUUCAAGUAUAUCAAUGAUACACUAGUUAAUUAUUAUAAUGAUGGAUAUUUUCUUCAGCUGAUUAGAAAAAGACAAAUACUUCAUGUUAUUUUGAAAAAAACCCUGUUUAUUAUUCUACAGAUAGCAUCUUGAUUGCUUUCAUGUUAUAAUUUGGCACACAAACACACCAGUUUCAAGGCCAGCUACUUGCGAAACUAUGUUUGCCUUUAUGCAUAAUUUAUCCUAAUUUAUUGAAGAUUCCUCACAAAAUGUCUUCUGGGCUUGCUCAAAUUCUGAAUAUUAUAUAGCAGGGCUUGUUCAAAAUUGUUAUGCCAAGCAAUAAUAUAAGAAUUCGGGCUUGUUCAUCCUCAAGUCUAAUUUCGAUGACUGUUUCUAGCUUUUCAUGUAAAUGGUUUUCAGUUGAUACAUGCAAAUGUUUUCGUCCAUAUUUCUUUAAAUAAGUUAAUUACCCUUUAAAUAAAGAUUUACAUUUUGUGAUUUUUAUGUUUUAAACAGAAAAAAAAAAUGUUAAUGAACAUUUUUGUUUGGCUAGCAUUGAAUGGUUUUUAAAUGUCACUUUGUUGUUUAUGCAGGGCUGUGAUCAAUAAAUGACACAU